AUGGAGUGCCCCUGCGUGGGACCCGGCGAGGUGGGCGCCCCCGCCAGCACCUCCUGCAGCAUUAGUCUGUGCCUUUGGCGAAAGGUGGAAAAAAGGAGAUCCCAGACCAUCGUCCAUGCUCCCAGUCCUCUUAACCUCCCCGGUCAAGGGCACCGUCAGGCCUGUUGGAAAAGUCAGUCCAUUCGUGCAGAACUUGUCAGGGCCACCAGCCACUGGCAGCCGACCGUAGAGAACGGCCGUGAUGGAAAAUGUCGGCUUCAGGGGUCCGGUAGAUUUCGGGGGCGGGCGAAUCAACUAGACUCCCCGGCGGAGACACGAAUUCCAGACACUGGGCCCUCCAGGCCCGCGCCGCCGCGCCUCGCGACCGCGGGGGGCUCGGGCGGCGGAACCGAGGGGGCGGAGCGCCGCGCAACAGCUCGGCGGGGCGCGUGUACGCGGCGUCGGGCCGGGAGCCUCGGCAUGGAGGCGGUGAGUGACCCCGAGAGGCCUGGGCACCCGUUCAGCCCACGCCUCCGCUCCGCAGUUCACCGGGAGCUCGAGGGUGUGCGGUCCGUCGGGCUCAGGGUGCAGAGCUUUGCGAGUUCGUCCGGAGACCUGGCGCGAGUUACAGCCCGGGCCGCCGAGGACGAGUCCUACGGGGGCCCUUUGAGCGCUCCAACCUCCGAAAAGGAAGUUCGUUUGCAGCCUUUUAAGGCAGAAGAUGGAAGUGGAAUGGCCGAGGCUGCUUUCUUUCUUCAAUCACUUAUCAUUGGUACAUUCCAUGAUAAUGGAUUUCAGAAGAUACAAGAAUAUUUUCAACAGAAAGGAGGCCACAUUCCUCAAAAAUAUAAUCAUCUUGUGUUAUACCAUCUUGACACAUCAAUAAGUGAGGAACUGGAUAAAAGUGAAUUUGAGCAUGUUUCACUGUACCUGAAAUGUAUUCAGCGGUUCUUCAUUGAUGGCCUUAAAGAAGAUGAGCCUCUGCUAAUUCAGCAGGGACUGAUUCCAAAGAUGGUUUUCUGGUUUGAAAGAACAACGGGAUUUCUGACCUCGGCAGAGCCAGCCUCAGACACGUCCCUGACGCAAGUUAUAGAAGACUUCUUUGACACAGCAUUGAUUAUUUCCAGGAGGAGUAGAAGAGGUAAAAUUGAAAUGCUGGGUUCCUUCAUAUUUGCCUUAGGAUUUCUGGUGACAGAAAAGACUGUAAAGCAUGUGAUUCAACAGGAGGCUUUGAAGACCUUGAACGGCAUUUUGCAUGGUAUACCCCAGGAAGAGAGAAAAAAAUUCCCUUUGUCAGAAGGCCCCUGUCAUCUAAUGAAAGACCUUGCAAGGACAAUCUUGACUGUGGGUGAUUAUGACCAGCAGGUUGCUCUUUCCGAAGCAUUGUGUAGAAUGACACUGAAAAAAUCAAGGGAUGACCUUGUCCACCAGUGGUUUGAAGAUGAUGUUAUCGCUGAAGCUUUCAAAGAAAUUAAGGAUCGAGAAUUUGAGACGGACAGUAGACUGUUUCUCAAUCACCUAAACAACAGACUUGGUGACAAAAGAAGGGUCUAUUCAUUUCCGUGUAUUGCUGCUUUUGCUGAUGAGCACGAGAUGAGAAAACCAGCAGAUGAAAAAUUAGAGAAAUUUUGGAUUGAUUUCAACCUAGGAAGUCAGAGUGUAACUUUUUAUAUAGACAGAGAUGAGAGUGCUCUGUGGGACUCAGUGAGACUUCUCAAGGAAGCGAUGGUUGCUUUCAGCGUCAUAGAAAUGGAAAAGAUGAACAUGCUCAUCAUUAACCUGAAGAAGCCUAUUGAUAUCAGCAACAAAGAAGUGAUGAAAAUAGAAAUCCAUUUCGAUUUGCAAUUCAACAUAUCACAAGCUUCCAUUAAAGCUUUAGGAGAAGACAAACAGAUGUUGCCUGACCAGGCAAACUCCUCAGAACUUCCUGGUAAAUUGGGGGAAGAAGAUACUGAGCUUCCUAGCAGCCAUGAAAGAGAGACAGAGCUGGCAGAAGAAUCUACUCAUCUGGCAGAGUUAAUGAGUGCUGGAGACGACCACCGCCAAAGACCUGUCCCCUCAAGUGACCAGGCAGAGCCUGCCUGGUAUGUUAAACUGGACAUAAAUGGCACUGAUGACCCUUUAAUAGUUCUCAUUCAUUGUCUGUACUUGGAAAAGGUUAAUUACAAGAAACACCUCUUCUCAGAGAGUAACGAAGAUUCAAGCACUAGUCCCAGUGAACAAUCUUGGACCAGUAACCAAAAGAGGAAAUCCCUAAAGCCAUAUCCUAGCAGAAAAAAGACAAGAGUCAGAAGUAGCCUACGAAUCUUGCCACUUUUCCCGGCCAGCAGUGGCAGUGACCGUGAGAAAGACCAAGCUAAACUUCAAACACCGCCAUGGAAAGACACCUCCAGGCAGAAUAAUUCCAUACCUCCAGAACUUUCUGAAACAACAUUUCAGGGUAGUUCUGCCUUUUUAACAUCUAAAGAUUCUGCCCAGAAAACAGAACUGCAAAGCCCCGAGCCACUGAGCCAUCUCUCUUCGGUGGAGCCCUCAGAAGCUGACAAAAAUGUAUCUGAGACUUUGAACCAAGAGUCAUUGAUGAAAAGUACCAGCUUCAAACAUAAACUGCCAAACUUGGAAGAUGGAGACAUAGCAGGUGAUAGUUAUGCGAAGUGGAAACAGUCAAAAUUGGAAGACGGUGAUGCUCCAGGAUCCCUUUCCUUGGUGACAGAAGAACCAGGCUUGGCAGAAGGCAUUUCUACUCCAUCUCUAGCUGUUGUGCCAGAGAACUCAAAUGCUUCUGCUGUUGUCACAACCUUUGAAAACUUCACAAGAGAACUGAAAAGAAAAUAUGAGCUUAGGUACAGAAGGAGUACACUUUAUUCAAAACGUGCAGAGCAAGCCCCGGAUUGCCUAAUAAAACUUUUAAACCAGAUACAUCAGUGCAAACUGAAUAAACUAGAGCAGUUUCACAGUUUCGUUCUUCAAGAGCUGAACAAUCUUGAGCAGGACAUUCAGGCUCUGAAACACCUUGAGGAGGAUGUUCUGGAAUUUUGGGGGAAACAGUCUGAUGAUCUGAAAUCAUUCUGUGAUCUGCAAGUGCUGAGCCUGAGUCUCCUGGAGAAGACGCAGCAGUCCCCGGACCCAGAGGCCCUGCUUUAG